AUCUCUGAAUGACUCCCUACAGACUAUUUUAGAUAUUUUCUUCUUUUUUCUUACCCUUUCUUUUCUUACCCAUUUGUGCAAAGCAAACUUGGGUUGAUAAUAUGGUUGAUAAUAUAUAGAAAAAGUUUUUAUUGUCAUAUAUGUAUGACACUAGUAGCAAAUGUGUGAAAUUAUUAUCGCGUUGCGUUCGGCGUUAAAUCUGACCAUUUGAUUGAAAUUUUAAUUCUUUUCUCUCUCUAAUUCUUUUCUAACACGAGAGCCGAACAAUUCGCGUUCCCUAUGUAAACUUGUAGCGCGACAAAUACGAUCACUUUAUCCCGAAGUUACGAUUUCGUCCGGCGCGAAUGAAAAAUAUAUCUUGGUCGAGAAGCAGCCGAGAGGCGAGACGGCGCACGGCCGCAUUUAGCACCGAACAUGCGAUCAACGCAAUGCAUGUGCGACGGAUUCUUCGCAGGUACGGCUCUACUAAGGUGCAACGAGGGCACGUUUCGCGUGCGCAAGAUAUACGGCGAUGGUAAUUGCAUGUUCCGUGCGAUCAGCUACAUUCUAUGGCGAAACGAGGAAGAGCAUCGGUCGCUCCGAGCUAUGGUUGUGCAGCACAUUAUGGACAAUUGGCGCGAGUACGGUUCAUUCGUGAUGGCCGAGUGGAACAUUUCGGACCGGCAGGCGUACUUCGACUACAUGGGCCUGGUGGGCACGUUCGCCUGCGAGCUGGAGUGCACAGUGGCCACCAAGCUCCACCGCAUGAAUCUGUCCAUCUAUCGCGAGCUCGCGGGCAGAUACGAGCUCAAGCUGAUCUUCCACAAUCGCGUGCACGCGAACUGCGAGACCGCGAGGCUCCUGUUCACCGGAUCCUCCGAGAACGGUCAUUACGACGUACUGCUGCCCGAUUACCAAGCGCUCAUAUGAGCGGAUCGCGUGGUAGGUCGCGUUAGCGAUGCACAAUGUGUUUAAAAGCAAAGCUACACGGGACAACAAUGUUGUUUCGACAAGUAUUAGUUUCACCAAUAAAAUAACAUCGCAGCUAAUCAUGCAGCAA